AUGCAGCUGCUCAUGCUGGAGAAGAUUGCGAGCCUUCUUCUGGUGGACAAGGAUGCUGUCUCGUGUGCAUUCCUCCUCAUGCUCCUCAAAGCGGCCAGCACCCUGUACAAGCCUACAAGGCCAAGCAGCUAUUCUAGAACCCCCCUCCCCAAACCAACUCGGCAAGCGAACCUCCCACCCCACGCGCAACCCACCUCCCCGCCCGCGCGCCUCCCACCUCCCGCGCGCGUCGCCUCCCACCACCUGCCGCGCGCCCCGGCUGCCGCCGCCCACUCCGCCUGCCGCGCGCCCGGCGACCGCCGCCACACCACCUGCCGCGCCCCGGCGACCGCCGCCCCCCACCACCUGCUGCGGCCCCCGGCGACCGCCGCCCCCCACCACCUGCUGCGCCCCCGGCGACCGCCGCCCCCACCACCUGCCGCGCCGCCCGGCGACCGCCGCCCCCACCACCUGUCGCGCCGCCUCGGCGACCGCCGCCCCCACCACCUGCAGCGCGCAGGCUUCCGCCGCCCCGUCACCUGCAGCGCGCACGACCUCCACCGCCCCACCACCUGCCACACACACAGCCCCCACCGUCCCCACCAACUGUCGGAGGCGCCACUGUCUCCCCAGGGAGUCUACCUCCCGCCCCUGCUCCCAGCUCCUCCGGCGGCGCCCCAACCAGACCGAGAGUACAAAAAAUCUCUAGAGUACAAAAAAUCAGGAAGUUCACAUCUACAAGACUCAGUAGUUCACAUCUACGGAACUUGA